AUGAAGACUCAGCUUCUUGCAGCAGCAGCCUUUGUUUUGGCAUUGGCGUCAAAUGCGGAAGCACAAGCUACGGCUGGUGUUCCUGCUUCGAUCAAUGUGGGAAAUGGCCAAGCAACAGCAGCAAUCCCCUCCGGUCUCGGCGGCCUCUCCACCGGAACAACAGCCCAAUUCACCCCUGGAGCAGCCAUCCCUGGUACCGCCUCUCCUUACUAUGUCGCUACAAACGCAGCAGAAUCUGCAACCCUUGCUUCGCUCCUAACACACUACUCUCAAGGAUUGACCGCUGCCACACCCACCACUGGCCCUCCAAAAGAAAUUAGCACAGGUGUACCAGGUGGUUUCACAGGGAACAACACCGGUAGCAUUCCAAAUGCUGCUACUACUUCUACUGGGCUUAGAAGUCCGACAUCUGAAAAUGCACAGGGUCAAAGUUCAGGUGCAGAUAGUCUGACGAGGUGCGGUCAAGGUGGAUUGUGGAAAGCCAGUAUGGGUGUCUUUGUGGGCAUUGUUGGUGGUGCUGCUUGGAUCCUUUGA